GUAUAAUUGACAUUUAUCAAGUCAUUCAGAGUUUCAUGAUUUAGGAGAAAAUAAUUAUUAAAAUAAAUGUCUGGAGAAGAUUGCGAGUCCUUCGAUCGAGGGGAUGCUGAUGGGCAGAAGCCCGAUAAAAUGUUUACAUUAAAAAAGUGGAACGCAGUGGCAAUGUGGAGCUGGGAUGUCGAAUGCGAUACUUGUGCAAUUUGCCGCGUUCAAGUCAUGGACGCCUGUCUAAGAUGCCAGGGCGAGAGCAAAAAGGACUCGUACGGCAAGCAAGAUUGCGUGGUUGUCUGGGGCGAGUGUAACCACAGCUUCCACUUUUGCUGCAUGUCGCUCUGGGUAAAGCAAAAUAACCGUUGUCCAUUGUGUCAGCAGGAGUGGUCCAUUCAACGGAUGGGCAAAUAAAAAUUGUCCAUUGUGACAAAACAAAUAAUCUCCAAUUAUAAGCAUGCUCCAUAUUAAUUUGUCUCGUACAUUGUAAAUAUUUUUUUUGUAUUACAAAUUAACUGAUCAAUAAACCACUAUAUUUAAAA